AUGAUACCAACUCCAGAUCUUUCUCAUAUACAGAAAGAAGAUUUUGAUAGAGUAUAUGAGCCCGCAGAGGAUACAUUUCUAUUAUUAGAUGCACUUGAAGAAGAUCAAGAGCUAAUCCAAUUGCUUCAGCCACGUGUUUGUCUAGAAAUCGGAUCUGGCUCUGGAUGCGUGACAACCUUGUUGGCUAAAAUUGUGGGCGACGCCAAUGCCAUAUUUCUAACGACGGAUAUCAACGAAUUUGCUUGUCAAACGACCAAACGUACAGCACUACAUAAUGAAAUAACGCAUAUCGAGCCUCUACGGACUUCGCUGGUAGAAGGUCUUUUACCUCGAUUGAAAAACUCCAUUGAUAUUUUAUGUUUCAAUCCACCUUAUGUGGUUACUACACACGAAGAAGUAGCUGGUACAGGAAUCGAAGCAUCUUGGGCAGGAGGGAUUGAUGGUAGAGAGGUCAUUGAUAAGCUAUUACCCUAUAUCAGCAUUCUUCUGUCUACAAAUGGAAUAUUUUAUUUGUUGUUGAUCAACGAAAAUAAGCCAAUGGAAGUCGUGAAAAUUAUGGAAGAAGCAUAUCAGAUGAAGGCUGAAAUAUUCAUGGAACGACGAGCUGGUAGAGAGAAACAAUACAUUUUGAAAAUCCAACAUCUUAAAAAUGAAUAA